ACGAAAAGAAAAGCUGUUACACUCAACAACUUGUGAUGAAAAAUUUUGAAAGAGUAUGUCUGUGCUGUUUGAAAAUUUGCAAAGAGUAGUUUCCCUUGACACACACCUGUUGAAAUCCCAAAUUAACCUCCUGCGUAAGCUGUUUGGAGUUGAAUCUUAUGACCUAUCUGUAACCUGUGUAAACGACAGGGAGAUUACCAGAAUAAACACUCAAUACAGAGGAAAAAGACAACCAACAGACGUUUUAGCAUUUCCUUUUUACGAGGAUCUUGUACCAGGAAAAUUGCCCCCCGCUCCAACUCAGGGUGUGUUAGACUUGGGGGAUAUCUACCUGGGAAUUCCGUACAUUAACCGACAGUGUCGUCAUAACAACCAGAAGAUACAGAAUGUUCUCCCUGUCAUGGUAACCCAUGGUAUCUCUCAUCUGAUUGGCUAUGAUCAUGAAACAAAGGAACAGUAUGAGCAAAUGUUUGCAAAGGAAUCAUUGAUCUUGAAGGAAUUUAACAAAGUAACUGGAUGCAGUUGUGUCCCUUUACUUCAUGUUGGGCAUUAAUUGAAUGAUCAAGUAUAUUUUUAGAUUUUUUGGCUAGGAAAAAAAAAUUGUGGAAAAUUGUCAUCUCAAAAUAAAAUGGAUAACAAGUGUAAUU